AAAUGUCUUUUUCACGAGCUCCUUUGAAGAGAUUCAACGAACACAUAGGUUGCGCCCCUCCUCCGGGGUCCUAUGAGAUUAAACCUGGGGACCUGAAAGGAGCGGCAUCCUUUGACAAAUCUGAUCGAUUCAAACCUCCUAAAGCGGCUGAUGGAGCUGCAAUGCCGCCGCCACCACCAUCACCUUCCAGAAAUGCCUUAGUUUCUCCUGUCCGCAGGACUCUGUCGCUUGAUGUCCUUCCUGAAGGGUCAAGUGCAAAGAAAGAUAGGAAUGGCAUGACUGUGGAGAAGAAGCAGCAGAAACUACUGGAGAAUGAGAUCCGGUUCCUGGUGCAACAGCGUGGGGAGCAGGAUCGUCGGCUACUCGCCCUGGAAGAAGAGCUAAAGAAGGUAGAGGCCAAGCUGUUGGCUGCAAUCAGGGAAAGGACCGGACUCACUGCCAGUGUUACCACACUUGAGAGACAGCGAGCUGAACUCAAGAAAGUCAACGAGUUCCUAAAAAACAAGGUGUCUGCUGAUACAACCAAAAAAAGAAUCAAUUCCCUUACCAUGGAGUUGAUGGAAGCUAGGAACACUUUGGAUGUUAAAAACCAGGAAUUUAGUGUACUUCAGAUUAGCACUGAAGGCCAAAUAAAAGUUUUAGAAACUGACCUACAAGCUGCAAGGGCUACACUCGCAGCGUUAAAGGACAGGAAUAAAGACUUGGAGGACCUCCAUGAGGUGACAAAAAGUCAGAAUGAAGAUCUGGAAAAUGAAAAUGCUCGAUUACAUGCUGUGAUACGGGAGCUCAGGGAGGAGAUCCAUGUAGUGCAGGGAUACCUGGAUGCAGCCAAUGAUGAAAACCAGGAGCUCCGCUUAAAGAUUCAAGAGAAGACACAGAACACUGUUGCUGGUUCCCAAGUGGAGAAACUAAAGCAGCUGGAGUCCGAACUAGAGCGGCGUGUUUUUGAGCUUGAAACCACUCAAGAUGCGCUGCAGCAAAAAGAGGAGGAGGUACGCAAACUCCAGCAAGAGCUGCAGUCAACAAAGGAUGCUUUAUGGGAAAUGGAAAAGAAGUUGGAGGAACAAGAGCAGGAGCUGAAGUCUUCUAUGAGUGCCAUGGAGGAGCAAAUAAAGUUAGCCAACCAAGAUGUUCAAGAAUCUCAAGUGACAGUACGCCAGCAGGAAGCAGAGCUUUCUAGACUGAGGGAGGUGCUCCGGAGAACGGAGAGGGAGCUGGAUGAGCGAGUGGCGCAUCUUGAACAGAGGUGUCUGUUCUCCGAGGAAGAGAGAAGCAAGACUCAGAAGGAGGGACUAAGGAGGGUGGAAGAGUUGAAGAAGGAGCUGGGCUUGCUCAAGGAGGCUAAAAAAGAGGAGACAAAGAGAUGCACUGAGCUCCAGGAAGAACAUGCCAAGCUUACUGAGGAACUGGCAAAGGAAAGGUCAUUAGUGGACUCCCUAUCUGUGCUAGUGGAGCAGGAGCGAGAGGAUUCUGAGAAUCAGUUCAGACAGCUAAAGGAAGAGAUGGAGGAGGUCCUGGGAGAGCUUGCCCUUAUGGAAGAACAGGAGCAGAAGAAUCAGGAAAUGACAGAGAGUCGGGAGACCCUCCAAAGUUUGCAGGAGGAAAAUGAGGAGCUGGAGAGACAGCUGAGUGAUACAAAAGCACUUUUGGAGAGUAAAAGCAAUGACGUGGCAGCUGUGAAAGAGGAGCAUUUAGCUGCUGUGAGAGUGCUUGAAGAGGCGCACACAAACUCCCUGAGCAAGAUGGCAGAAACUGUCGCGGAGCUGAAAAGAAUGUUGCUGGAGGUGCAGGCUUGCCUCGCACAAAAAGAUGAUGAGAUGAAGGCCGUGGAGGCGAGCCACGCUGUUCAGAUCAGUCAGCUACAGCAGGAGGUACAGCUGCAGAAAAAGGAGAAAGACGACGCACUGGGACAACUGGGGGAAGAGAGAGGUCAGAGUGUAGCUCAGCUCCAAAAAGAGAGGGAAAAAGCCCAGAAACUGCUGGAGGAAAUCAGUGGGGAAAAGGAGGAAAUGAUGACACAGCUCAAACAAGAAAGAGAGGAGAAGGUUAAAAUUCAGAUCGCCCUUCAGGAGGAGAAGGAAGCAUGUGAGGUUGAAAGGAAAGACCACCAGCGGCUAAGGUCAGAGGUGAUCAGACUACAGACUGAGCUCGAGAGAUUAAAGGAGGAAAGGAAAGGUCUACUGUCUCAGGUAGAGCUCAGAGACCAAUCUAAGGUGGAUCUUGAAAAUCAACUUAGCAUGGCCGAGCAGGCCAGAAAUCUGCUUCAGUCUCGCCUGGUUGAGGUUGAGCAAGAAAACGAGAGCUUCCAGGCCCAAUUAGGCCUCGCAGAAGAGAAAACACAAGCUCUGCAGCGCGAGUUGGAUGAGGUGCGACAAGACAGACGAGCUAUAAGGGAGCAGGUAGAAGUACUGACUCAGGAGAAGGUUACACUGCAGUGGGAGUUGGAGGAGCAGCGGCAGGAACUGCAAAGACAAAUAACUGAAGCACAAGAGAAGAGUUCUUCAAGUUCAGAGACCGAGCACUGGAAGAAACAAUAUGAGGAGCUGUUUGCCAAAGUCAAGCCCUUCCAGGAACAGCUCAAUGCCUUUGCAGCAGAGCGAAAUGCACUACUUAAUGAGAACGGGGCAAACCAGGAGGAAUUAAACAAACUGGCUGACGCUUACGCUCGCCUCUUGGGACACCAGAACCAGAAGCAGAAGAUCAAACACGUGGUGAAGCUGAAGGAUGAGAACAUCUCUCUAAAACAGGAGGUGUCUAAGCUUCGCUCUCAGGUGAACCGGCUAAAGACUGAUCUGGAGCAAGUGAAGUCAAAGCUCCCCGGUGCUCCUCGCCGCAGGUUUGACCCCAGCAAAGCUUUCCAGCAUGAUAAGGAGAACAGGCAAACUGAAACAUCUGAGCCGCUUAAAGACGGAAACCAUUAUGGACUUUAGGCUUUAGGACUCUGCUAGCAGCGCUGCCAAGAGACUUUUCUGAGAUCUAGUAUCUGUGGGUUAUGAGAGUGUAAACUGAGGUUUUACAGCCUUUUGUUUUAGUGUGUACAUUUUGUGUUUUGGAUUUUUUUUUUUUAACAAAAACUGUUUAAACUUAAUGAGGUAAAAGAUGGAAUAAAGUCUUAGAUGCUAACAAUUGGAGAUCAAAAGUGUAACUGGCUUAAA